AUGUCAGACUCAGAUAGCCAGAAUGUUUUGGGAGUGGAUUACGAUGACGCGGUCGAGGAAGUUAGCGAAGAAACAACAAUCGAGGAAUCGUCGCCCGAGGUUGUCGAGGUCGUUCAACGACCAAGCAAAACUUCCGAUCGGAAAAGCUCUUCUACCUCAGAGAGCUCGUCGAGCUCGAGUGGGUCGAGCGAUAGCGAUAGCAGCGGCAUCACCUCAACGAGCGGUCGUGAAUCUUCGACCGAGCGCGCUCGAGAGACGUCUACGAGAACUAUCGGGGUGGAUCAUGGAGCUUCUGCUCCUUCACGCGAUCGAGAAGCUACUCCUGACCCGGGCGACGAAGAACCGACCACAUCAACAGCUGCUGAGCCGGAAUUCGUCUUCCUCAACAGCGAGAGCGUCGAUCAGCAGGAGUGCCUACUGACGACCCAUGAAGCAGUGAAAAUCUCCGCAAGACUAAGCGGCCGGGUAAAAUUCGAUACCCAAAUGGGUCCCAAGCGUGGUUUUUCGAGUGCCAGUGCACCCCGAGCCCCCCGAGCCAAGAUGACGCUCGGUAAGAAGGCAAAUGUAGCUGAGACAUCGGCCGGGCAGGAGGUCUGUGAUGCUGCCAUCCCGGCCGCCCAAGCACUUGGUGGCUCUACCACUGUGACAACCGACGCCGCGACCGACUCGCUGGCCCCCCGAGUCCCCGGUCGGAAGGGCAAAGAAAAGGCGUCCGGGAAAGACGCAGAGCAGACGGGCGCUCUUAAGCGUCGUCGCAAACAAAGCCCCCCGAGUGGGGUCGGCGCGGGCGUGAACCUAUCCCUCCUCACCCGGUUGAAUAACCUGUAG